AUGGACCCAUUAUCUGAUCCCUUAGGCGAUCGUUUCAUGAAAGAUGUGAAACCUCCAAUUCACAGGCCAAUUUCCCACGAAUUGCUUUUCCCAUCAGACGGGAACGGAAAGCCUUCAUAUAAAGCCCUGAAAUCUCAUUUCCAAAGAGAAGGCCGCAUUGCGAAGACAGAUGCUCUUCAGCUGAUCGACAUCGCUACCAAUAUAUUCAGAUCAGAAGAAAACCUACUAUUCCUUCAAGAUCCCGUCACUAUUGUCGGAGACAUACACGGACAACUAUACGAUAUGUUUAAGAUGUUUGAAAUUGGUGGAAACCCAGAGAACACAAAAUACCUGUUUCUCGGCGAUUACGUAGAUCGUGGAGUUUAUUCAAUAGAAGUUGUUUUUCUACUGUAUGCGAUCAAAAUAAAUUUCCCACAGACUUUUUAUAUGAUCAGAGGAAAUCAUGAAUGCCGCCAGAUGACGACCUAUUUCAACUUCAGGACUGAGUGCAUUUAUAAGUAUGAUAUAGAGGUAUAUGAUAGGAUAAUGGAAAGCUUUGACUGUAUUCCGAUCUCUUGCUUAAUAAAUCGGAAGUUUUUAGCAUUACAUGGAGGUAUUUCGCCAGAGCUUAGGACAAUUGAAGACUUGACAAGACUCAAUAGGUUUGUGGAGCCUCCAAAGCAAGGACUUUAUUGUGAUAUUUUGUGAUCAGACCCAGUAGACACCCCAGAUGGAAGAUUACCUGAAGGGUGGAGGAAAAACGAAGUAAGAGGAUGCAGUUUUUAUUUUGGAAACGAUGUAAUGAACAAUUUUUUGAAGCGAAAUGAUUUAAUUUCAGUAAUCCGAGGCCAUGAGGCUCAGCCUGAUGGCUUUAAAAUGCAUAGGUGAAACGGAAAUAACGAGUUCCCAGCAGUAAUUACCAUUUUUUCUGCACCUAAUUAUUGUGAUUCUUACAACAAUAAAGGAGCAAUAAUUAAAUUUGACAACAAUACCCUGAAUAUUCAGCAAUAUAACUAUAAUCAGCAUCCUUAUAUGCUGCCAAACUUUAUGGAUGUUUUCACGUGGAGUGUACCUUUUAUCCUUGCAAAAGUGGUUGAUAUUUUUUCAGUCAUUUUGAAAAAUCAGCAAGGGGAAAUGGUCAUAAUAGACGAAAAAUCAACAACGAGGUUCCAGGAGCUUGAGGAUUCGGUUUCUGAGCAAAAAAUUGGAAAUAAUAAAAAUAAAAAAUCAGUCGCAGAAAUCAUGAGGCUGUUUCAAGCUUUGAGAGAAGGAAUCAAGCCUGAUUCAAUAGAAAACUUCAGAGGAUAUAGAAGUCAAGCACCGUUGAGUAUUAUAGUGAGAGAGAAAACGGAGUUAGAAAGCUUAAUUGAGUUGUUCGCUCAAGCAAGAGCUUUAGAAAUGAGAAGCUAA